AUGCCACAGGCUGCAGGAGAAACAGACAUACAGGAUCAAGUAUCGGCACUUUAUGACAAAAAAAGGCACAACUUUGGUCUGCGUAUCCCAAAUAGCUCACAGAAAUGCAGAAAAUCCCAAUCAUUACCAGCAUAUUUGGCAUUACUUGAAAACUCUGAACUGCAGAUAAAAAGAAACUCCCAGACGUUACUCUUCCCCCGCAUUUUGAUUUUCUCCCUCCCCACGUCGCUCUCCCAGACGACUCGGGGAUGCCAUGCGCCGCUGCCCACCACCCCACCCCGGGCCACCGGAGGUGGCCGCUGCCGCCGCCAAGCCAAAGCCGGCUCUGCUCGCAGUCUCCCCCUUCCCUCUCUCUUCCCUCCUGCCUCCCUCCCCCCGGCCUUCAACCUUCCCUCGUCGGCGCUCCACUGCCGGCCGCCGGGCCGGAUCCGGCCCCUCCUCGCUGGAUCCAGAGUUCCCCGGGCCUUCGCCCUUCUCAUCCGGUCGGCUAGCGUGCUGUGCCCUGGGGGCUCGGUUCGGCGGGGGCGCGUAGCCGUGCUGCCGUCGCCGGCGCUCGCUCCGAUCAGGCCGCCCUUCCUGGCCGGCCCCGCUCCGGUCUCGUGGCAUGCUGUGCCUUCGGGUGGCCGGGGGCCUGUGACCACUGUGCCGCCGCCGUUGCUUGCCCCGGGACGGGUUGCCAGGCGCUUGCGCCGCCUCUGGGCGGGCUCUCCUCGUGGGGGCCGGGGCCGGGGCCAGCGCUCCUUUGCCCCGGGUCACCUGGUGUCGGCGCUCCCUCGGCCCGGUUGCUGGCCGGCGGCCUCCGGCCUCCCUCUGGCCCCCACUCGCUCCACCCCUCCGCUGGCGUCUGGGCGGUUGGCUCUGCCCCCUGCUGGCCGCCUUUUCCUGGUGGCCUCCUGGGGCGGGGGGCCGGCGGGCUCUCCUAUGAUGUGGUGGCGUCGGUUCUAGGGAGGGAUUAGGGUGGAGGCGAAAGCCUUAAGUCACUGAUGACGGUGACGUCCUUGGGUGCUGCUCACCUUCUUGAAGCGCCUGCGGCGUUGCUCCCUCCCUUGAGGCGUCAUCUUAUACGACGACCUGCUGCUCCAGAUCCUCGCGCGCCUCGGCUGCGCCGCUGCCACCGCCCGGACGGGCCUGCUGUCGCGCCGGUGGCGCGGCCUCUGGACCCGCCCCCCCAAGCUCGUCCUCCGCGGGUUAACGCUCAGAUCGCUCCACGCCGCGCUCGCGCGGCUCGUUGCUGCGUUCGAGUUCGACCCCCGACCUCGGCUGCAGCUCCUCGACGUCCGCGCCCGCUGGUACUGCAGCUUCAAGCGCGCCCAGUUCGCCUCGCUGUUCGACGCCGCCGCGAGGCUGCAGCCGGAGAACCUCGCCGUCGAAGCUAGAGCGCCCUUCCCCGUCACGGUGAUGCUGCCCCGCCUCGAUGGCACCAGGUCGCUCACGCUGGACGUGCAUGGCGAUGGCUUCAAUCUAAUCAGCCACCAGGAGCUCGAGGAAGCUGAGAUUUCGGGCCAUAGAGGGUGUCCUGGAUGAUUUCUCCCUGUGCUACAUGGCACCAGAGGUGGAGGAUCUCUCAUGGCAAUGCGCUAGCUACGCGUCACAUGUUCGCUUUGGUGAUAUUUGGUCCCCAGGGGUCGUGACCAUGAAGACAUCGGAGCCCCAAGGGCAGCUGCAGCAGAGCCCUCGCUCCAAUACCCUGUCGCUCAGCAUAUGUGAACGGCAAGUGUUUGUUCAGGAAGGUGCAGCCCGGAGCUUUGAGCAUUACAUAUCUUCCCUCUUUCCCAUUGCCAACAUUUCUGCUCUAGAGCUGUGCAUCAACUCCUGCGGACAUGUCUAAGGGGCAAUGGUCCUGCACCUGCUGGAGGUUCAUUCCUUGAUAAAGAGGCUUAAGCUUGACAUUCAUAAGUCUCAGGUGAGAAGAGAAUGCAGUGCCAACUGCCCCUGUAUUCACUUGAAUAACUGGAGAAGUCAGACUGUCUCCUUGACUCAUCUGAAUGAAAUGGAAAUUGAAGGCGUUAGAGGUGAGGAUCAUGAAAUUGAAUAUUGAAGGUGAUACUAAGAAGUGCAGCGAUGCUUGAAAGAGUGACCAUCACGUUCAAGACGGAGUCUAAACAGCACAUUCGCCGCUUUUCCAGUAAAACACAAAGAAUCUUAAAAGCACAUCCCUCUGUGAAGUGCGGAAUUUAUCGCUAUUCUGGUGAGCAGGUGUUGUCUGCAUGACUAGCUUGCUCGUAGAUGUGACAGGGUAUGGUAUGCUUUUUAUCCCAACCUUGUUGAAAUUAGAAGCCAUGCUUUAUUAAUCACUAUUCUGCCAUUCCCUUAUAGUUUUGCUUUUAUAUGUUGAAGCGAGGUAUGGUAUACUGGUUAGCGUGGCAACUUUUGGAUGCACCGGUGUUGUUUUCCUAGGUUUCCUUGUAACCAGCUAUUCCGUCACUUAGGCAUGUAGUGAAGUGGAAGACAUUCUCUGAAUGCUACGGUCAUGUAGUGCCCAUUAUGUUUGGCUAACUUAAUGUGCUAAUGAGGGACUAAUAGGCGAGAGUUGACCAGUUAUUUAUGCUACUACUGAUUCUGCAGUCUGUUGAAAUGUUGGUAGGAAGUCUGUCUACUGCUGCAGUUGUCGAUCAAAAAUCAGGAUGGGGUCUGGUAUUGUGUACUUGGCUACUUGCAACUGCAAUUGAGAGAUAUUUUGUGUAGCACUGCCACAUUGUUCUGACACUGUUUUUUGCCUAUUUCUCUGUUAGGGUUUGUGUGCUAUUUCAUAAUUUCAACAUAGUUUUUAAUUGUUUUGUUGAACAUGUACUUCUCCUGCUUUUAUUUUCUCAGCUCUUUUAAGGAUCAGUUUCAGUCCUUGGUCCUAUUUCAGUUUUGUGAUGCAAGAACUGUGAUAUUUUUCUUAAAGCAUGGUUUUCGCUUUGCUCGUACUACUGCACUUUCCAAGUGUGCUGCUGAAUUUCGUCCAAUGACCAUGUUUUCUAAAUGAUACUUCGUCGUUGUGACUUGCGAUACUUAAUCGAAACGAUACAUUUCAUAUCUCAUGUUGAAUUUACCAGGUUCUACUGCAGUUAAUUUUGAUGGAUCUUAAACCACCUGGAGUGAGUAGCAAUUUCAGUAUAGUUUUCAAUUAUUUUGUUGAAUUAGUACUUGUGCUACUUUUAAUUUUCUCAGCUCUUUUAAGGACCAUUUUCAGUCCUUGAUCCUAUUUCAGUUCUGUGAUGCCAGAAAUGUGAUAUUUUUCAUAAAGUAUGUUUUGAACUGCGCUCAGAAUACUGCACUUUCCAAAUCUGCUACUGAACUUAGUCUCGUGACCAUGUUUUCUAGAUGAUACUUAUUUGUUGUGAGUUGCUUUACUUGAUCGAAAAGAUACAUUUCAAUUAUCUCAUGUAGUUUGUUUUGAAUUUACCAGGUUCCACUGCAGUUAGUUUUUAUGGAGCCUAAACAGCCUGAAGCUAUUAAAGUGGUUGGAGUUUAGCCAGCAUCCAGCAUCCAUUUCCUAAAUUCCAAGUGUCUCAAGUGGCAUCCCAGUUCCUAGAAGAGGUUUUAUAUCAAGGGGGGCAGAGAUGCUGCUGUUACCGUGCAUUUGGGAUGAACUUAUCUAAUGAAAAAGAUUAAUUUAAUCUCCUUGGCAAUGUACUAUCCCUGGAGCAUUAUUUUAGGGGAACCAUGUAGCGUAAUAUCUUUGGCAAUAUACUAGCCUGCUGGAUCAUGCUCUUAUUAGUAGAUAUUGUGGACUUAUCUGACAGAUAUUUAUAUCUGCAUUUUAGUGCUAUGGGCUGAGAACUCUAGGUAUAUCCAUGCUUGA